AUGUCUCGAUUGCACAACCUCCUUCGAAAGAAAAAGAAACCGGACAAGUGCGGCUUCUGCCACGCUGUUAUCGCGAAAGACGAGACCCACUCCGGCGUAUUCUACACAGUACCUGAGGAGGAGGGCGGCACAAUUCACCAGGAGUGUUGGGAGAAAUACCACGAGAAAUGUUCCGUCAAGUGUCUACACUGCGAAGGGCCCGUGGCGCAUCUUCCCGGGCGCUUCAACGGCAAGUUCUACCCUAGCACUGAUCCUCCGGGGAAGAUUCACAGCGAGUGCUGGGAGGCCUACAAGGGCUCGAAACCAGCAGCGGAAAAGUGCGGAGAGUGCGGCGAGCCGCUGUCCUUCGUGGAGGGCAAGUUUAGCGGCAGCUACGUUACGCUUGGGGAUGGAAUAAAAGUGCACGUCGAGUGCCGGUCGGCGUACCACCAGAAACACACGGAAAAAUGCCUGCAGUGUAACGAGCCGGUGGCACCCGAGGCGGGUAAAUUUUGCGGAGAGUUCUUCGAGGUGGAAGGCAAGGGGAGAGUCCACUCCGAGUGCAUGGACGCGUACGAGGAAACCACUGCAGAUAGGUGCCUGGUCUGCAAGAAGGCGGUGCGACGAAUGGAAGGCUUCAGCGGGGACUUCAUGAUGAUCGACGGUGGCAAAGUGCACAAGGAGUGCGCGUCGGAGUACCAAGAGAUGGUGGCGGACAAGUGCUUGCAUUGCCAAAAGGGGGUACGGAAGGCUGGCGAGUUCAGCGGUUCUUUCUACCCCGUCGAUCGCAAGCUGGGGGACGCCGAAGGGGAGGACAACGAAUCAAAAGUGCACAUGGAAUGCUUUGAGGCUUACCAGGCGCAGCUAGCCGAAAAGGGCAAAGGAAGCUAAAGAAGCCGUUGGUGGUGGAGCGGAAGCUGGUGCAGCGACCGGCUCAGGGACCGAAACGAUACCUGAAGCACGCGUAGCGAACCCGGUGCAGUGACCGCUGACGAUGCAGCAGUAGCUUAGUACUCCGGAGAAUUACAUUAUGUAGACGCCGCUGCUGUUUUCUUGUGCCUCAGCCUUGGACAGUAUCCCUGGGUCUUGAAGUCCAGGCGUAUGCGUACGUGUCUCUUUUGGUAGAUAGAGUUGUUCGUGGACAAAGCAAGGACUACACUAGGGAGGUGCCACACCACGAACAACGCCUUUCAGGGUCAGUGG